AUGACUUCAACGAACACCUCCCGACAAACCCUACGACAGACUGACUUUCUCCCAUCCCGUUUCUCGGGUGAUAAACUUGAUAGGGACAACUCGACUGCGCACUUCUUGACUUUCGACGACUAUCUAGAUGCGCAUGACAUUGACAAAGCCGACCCCGACCAAUUCCAGACAAUACUGCGAACAUUUAGACGGACUUUACAAGGACAGGCGCGACUUUGGAUUGACGGACUUCAAUUUAAUACGUAUAGCGACCUUAAGGAUGGGUUCAUAAGACGGUUUAGUCCCGCUAAAUCGUCAUAUAGCCAUGUGACGGACUUCAAAAAUAUGACCAUGACGAAUGACGAGAGCGCAGACGCGUUCUUGCAAAGGUUGCGAACAACAGCAGCCUACAUCGAAUAUGGGGAAACCCAGAUUAGGCAUAAGUUGUUGGAUUCUUUGCCAUCAGACUGCCGCGCGACCAUACUAAUGACCGCCCCCAACCUGACCUCAGAAGAAAUAGCGGCGAAAGCCCAACUAUUUUUAGACCUCAAUCAUAGACAGACUAAGCCGACCAAGGAGUUAUCUUUCUCUGCUCAAGAGGAAAUAGAUCAAUUAAAGGAGCAAAUACACUAUUUAAACCUCAAGACAGACAGAGACAAUGAUAAUAAGCCAAAAUCCCCCACCCAACGACCCCCAACCCCACAACAACGUAGUGCUAGUCGUAGCACUAGUCGCAGCGUAAGCCGCGAAAGGCGACGUGACAUCAGUCACGAUAGACGAGACGACCGGCGCAAUGACGUGCAAAACAGACGCGGUAGAAGCCCCUAUCGAUCGGACGGACAGACAAACCGACCACCAACACGUCCCAGACUUACAUGCAACUACUGUGGCAUCCCUGGCCAUAUAUGGCGAGAAUGUCGAAAAAGACUUAGGGACAUGACAACCCCACCACCCCCCUUCCCUGACUACCAUGACUACUAUGCCCCUGCAUACGGUAGUUAUGCCAACCAUCAAUACUACCCACAACAACAACAACAGCCCCAAUAUCAACAACCCCACUGUCAACAACAACCCCAAACUCAACCACGCCCACAGGAUUUUUAA